UAAUUUCACUACCACCAGUGCUCUCAUGGCUACUCAAGUAUAGAUUGCAUUCACGUAGCACAGCAGAUACAGUGAAGAUGGACGAGGGCAAAGCAGCAGCUCAGAAAUCUGUUCAGACUUUUGAUCCUCAAAAGGCCCCCAAAAGGAACAAGUUUGCUUUCGCUUGUGCCAUAUUGGCUUCCAUGACUUCCAUAUUACUUGGCUAUGACGUUGGGGUGAUGAGUGGAGCGGUGAUAUAUAUAAAGAGGGACCUGAAACUGACGGACGUGCAAAUCGAGAUCGUGGUAGGAAUCAUCAACCUUUACUCUCUGAUUGGUUCGUGUCUCGCCGGGAGAACCUCGGACUGGAUCGGUCGGCGUUACACGAUCGUCGUGGCCGGAGGCAUCUUCUUCGCCGGAGCCAUCCUGAUGGGAUUCUCUCCAAACUAUCCCUUUUUGAUGUUCGCGCGGUUUGUGGCGGGCGUGGGCAUCGGUUAUGCUCUGAUGAUUGCUCCGGUCUACACGGCGGAAGUGUCCCCUCCUUCGUGUCGUGGUUUUCUGACCUCCUUCCCCGAGGUAUUCGUGAAUGGAGGGAUAUUACUGGGAUACAUAUCAAACUACUGCUUUUCGAAGCUGCCACUUCACCUUGGAUGGAGGAUGAUGCUGGGAGUGGGGGCGGUGCCUUCGGUGAUCCUGGCCGUGGGAGUGUUAGCCAUGCCGGAGUCACCACGAUGGCUGGUCAUGAGAGGUAGGCUCGGCGAAGCCACAAAAGUUCUCAACAAAAUCUCCGACUCUCCCCAAGAGGCUCAGCUCAGGCUAGCAGAUAUCAAAGCCGCGGCUGGGAUCCCGGAGGACUGCAACGACGACGUCGUUCAAGUGACCAACCAGAAUAGCGGCGGUGAGGGUGUAUGGAAAGAGCUAAUCCUUUACCCUACACCCGCGGUGCGUCACAUCCUCAUCUCCGCUCUGGGCCUCCACUUCUUCCAACAGGCUUCCGGCAUAGACGCCGUGGUGCUGUACAGCCCCGAGAUUUUCAAAAAGGCUGGCCUGGAAUCCGACGCCGAGCAGCUUCUGGCGACCGUGGCUGUUGGAUUCGCCAAGACCGUUUUCAUCUUGGUGGCUACGUUUUUGUUGGAUCGGGUCGGGCGUCGGCCCUUGUUAUUGACCAGCGUUGGCGGCAUGGUCUUCUCGCUUCUCACGCUGGGCGUAAGCCUCACCAUCAUUGAUCGCUCACGCGCCGUGAUCAAAUGGGCCAUUGGCCUGAGCAUAGGGAUGGUCUUGUCCUACGUGUCGACGUUCUCCGUUGGAGCGGGUCCCAUCACGUGGGUGUACAGCUCGGAGAUCUUCCCGUUGAGGCUACGCGCCCAGGGUGCGGCUAUGGGAGUUGUGGUGAAUAGGGUGACGAGUGGAGUUAUCUCAAUGACGUUCUUGUCCCUGUCUGAUAAGAUCACUAUUGGUGGGGCCUUCUUCAUCUUCGGGGGAAUCGCUAUGUGUGGAUGGAUCUUUUUCUUUACCAUGCUCCCCGAAACACAGGGCAAGACCCUUGAGGAAACGGAAGGGUCUUUUGGUAAAUUCCUGGCAUGGUCCAAAAGCAGUGGUAAUAAGGACAGUGAGAACAAUGCAGAGAUACAAUUGGCGAAUUAGAAGAGCAAGACAUAAUAAUGGCGCUUUAAUAGCUUUCAGUACUAAUUGUCUACUUCAGAUUAUAUUGGUUUGGUAUUCUACAACGUAGUAUUAUCGUACUUCUCUUUAUGAAAGUAUGGUAACAUUUCAACGUUCGAACCAAAGCUACGCUUUUAAAAUAGGAAAAUGUUAUUCCAACAACGCUUUUUUAACACAGUUUUGACAACGUGCACGUGGCAGCUUGCCAUUGGCUCAGUAAUUUGAAAAUGGAACAGAGAAGGGGUUACGGUCAUAGGGGUAUUUUGGGCUUUCCAAAUUAAAUUUUGACAAAAUUUGGGUUUCGCGGUUUAGGGUGCCACAGACGUUCGUUCAAGCCUUCGUUCUUCUCGUUCGUUCAAGCCUUCUCUGUCGUCCGUCUUCUCUCUCGCUGUGUCGUCCGUCUUCUCGUUCGUUCAAGCCUUCGUUCUCUUGCCGUGUUCGAAGCUUCCAUCCUCAGUUUCGUUUUGUCCUCCUUCUUCAAAACGUGCGUUGAAACCCUUACAUUUUGGUGUAAGUAAAAAUGGGCGAGCCCUGACAUUGUGUUUUACUCUGUGUUUUUGGUUUUCAUUAAGUUGAAUGAUAUAACUGAGUGUGGAAUGUUGUCUUCUUAGGGCCGUUGCAAUGGAAGGGAAAAAAGCAAGUGUAAGAAAAAAAUUAAAUUUUUUGUUUAUAUAUUAUUUAAUUAUCUUACGGAUUGUAGUUAGUAAUAAAUUUUUAUGAUUUUUUUUGUAGUGGCGACUUCUUAUCUCGAUGGAUUCAUCCAUCAUUAUUGAAAUGAAUCGUUUGCUCCGACAGUGUCAUGUGGAUCGGAUUAGGAUGACACCAUUUAUGUGGUGUGUGAAUAUUAAUAACCCUGUGGAGGUGAAUUUAAAAUUAUUGAAGGUUAUGGUUAGCAGGUGGGUUGGAAAUGAUAACAGUUUUAGAGUUCGUCAAAAGUUGGUGCCGUUUAGAGUUGUUGAUGUGUUGAUGAGCUUAGGUUUAGAAAUAGGUGGUUUAGAGAUUCCCUUUGAUGAAGUAGUUGGUGGAUUGGUUGGUGAAUUGUUCAAAUCAAAAACCAUCAGUUUGAAGGACUUGACAGACAUGUUUAAUGUCAUUGUUGAUGAUAAAAACAUUGAAGUCGAUGUAGUGUGUAGGUUAUAUAUAUUAGUUUGUUUGGUUGUUUUCUAUUUCCCUAGGAAAUCAAGGCAUGUUUGUAACAUGCCUUUUGGAGUGUUAGAUGACUUAGACCGUUUGUGUCUAUAUGAUUGGUGCACCGGUGUACAUAAACACAUUGUAGAGAAUUUAAAUAAAUGUAAGAAGAAAAUUAUGGGAGCAGGUAUCCCCCAGUCAGUCACUCUCAGUGGCAAUGUGGCAGUGUUGCAGGCUUGGGCGGUUGAGAGACUUUCUUUGCAUGGUCAUCCUUCGCACCGGUUUUUCCCGCGCAUAAUGAGAUGGUUCCCGUUUAAAUCAAGGACCGAAAAAAUUGAAAAUAUUUUUAUGACCGGAGAUUUAAAUAUGGAGUGGUAUAUACGAAAUGAAGAUCGUCAUAGGCCGGAAAUCCGUGCAGCUUUCAACAUGGAUGACGGAGGAAUGAGUGAAGGAUCCUUGGGUGAAGGAUCCAAGGUUGACAAAGACGAUGAUGAAGACGAAAGCUCUGAUGACGGGGCUGUUACCAAUAAGGAGUAUUGGUAAAUCUUGAAGAAAUUUGUUUUGAUGAUGCUACAAGAAGUUUUAGUUGAAGAAGAUAUUAGAAUUAGUUAAAAGCAAUUUGUAGAAAUUAAAUGUAGUAAGAAAUUCUUGUAAACCUUGUAAACUUGCAUUUUUAACUGCAAUAAUCGAUUAUGGAAUGGCAAUAAUCGAUUAUCACAGAGUCAUACAGGAAUAAUCGAUUAUCACUUCAUAUAAUCGAUUAUCACUCUUUUGAAAACCCCAUAACGGACACAAAUAAUCGAUUAUCACUUAUGAUAAUCGAUUAUCAAUGGCAGUUGGGAGAUUAUUACUCUUUUAAAAACACCAUAACG